AUGGCUAACGCAGAGUGUACGGACUGUAUCAAAGGAACAAUUCAUCGCGGAUCACCCCAAGGCACAAUCGAAGAGCUCCAUGGCCUGCAAACAUACAUCGUCGGCAACCGCACUAACCCACGUGCAACAAUCGUCAUGUACCCAGACGUCUUCUCACACCAAUUGGUCAACAACAAACUCAUCGCCGACGCCUACGCCAAGUCAGGAGAGUACCUCGUCUACAUGCCCGAUUUCUUCAAAGGCGAGCCCGUGCCGCUCCGCCAAGUCGAUCUGCUCAUCCCAGUCGAUCAAUCCAAACAGUCUAAACUCAGCCUCUACACCGGUCUGCUCGCGUUCGCGCCUUCGUUCAUCAUGUGGAUGACCCGCCACAAAUUCGAGGAGAUGAGCGCCAUCUGCAACAACUUCCUUACGUCGCUGAGACGCGCCACGCCCAAGGAUCGCAAGAUCGGCAUGGUCGGCUUCUGCUGGGGUGGUAGAUAUGCGCUUCGAGCUGGCCUUGAAGGCGCUAUGAUCCCUUCUGACCCAAGCAACAAGGACAGUGGCAAGAUCCCAUUGGUGGAUGCGGUCGUCGCUCUGCAUCCCUCAAAUCUUGCACUUCCAGCCGACGCAAGCAAGCCAGUCGUUCCGAUGAGUGUGGGCUGGGGUCUUGAAGAUACCAACACGCCGAUCAAGUGGCGAGACCAGAUCCAGGAGGAGCACAAGAAGAAUCAGGCAGAGGGGUUGAAGCUGCCGGAGAUCGAACAUAAGGUGUACAAACCAGGCAGGCAUGGAUUUGCGGUUCGAGGCAAUCCAGACGAUCCGGAGGAGAAGAAGUGCUUGGAGGACUCGGUACAGCAGGUCCUCGAUUGGUUCAAACGCUUUUUGUAG